UUGCACACUCUGCAAGCUGAAGAACUGGAGUUACGAAAGGGUCAAGCAAAUGAUUGCUUGGAAAAGUUACGGCAGGCUCUCGGUCAUAAAGCGAUAAUUUACCGUCAACAUUUCCGAAGUGCAGAUUCCACAUGGACAGGAACCAGGUCAAAGCAGGAGGCUCUUCGAUGCCGUAUCAAAAUAGAGAAGUGUGUCCGAAGGUAUCAAAGGGCAAGGGGUUCAAUGCAGAGACUAGGGGCUGAUGAAGAUACUCUGAGGACGAUUUAUCAAGACAUUCAGCCACACCAGCUCAGUGUGGACAAGGAAGUGACGGAAGAGAACAGAUAUGGACAGGGAUCAGACAGACUGGCUUGGUUUUGGCUAGUCAAUAAUGGUCAUGAUUCGCAGGAAGAUGUUUGGAUGGAUGAAUUCUACAGGGUAAAUUGGUUGAAAGCUAAGGCUAGAUGGCAAAGGUGGGAGGAGGAGUUGAGAUUGGUCCAACACGAAAUGGGUUGGACAGUGAGUUGGUUUAAAUACAGGAUGGAAGAAUGGGACCAAAGAUACCGACAAGCUACAAAGCCUGGUCAUCAAGCUUAUGCACAUCGACAGGUGCUCUUGUGGGGAAGAUUUGCAUUGGAUGCUGAAAAUUCAUUC